GAGAACUCUCUUCAGUGUGUUCUGCCGGAGCCGAAGUACAGAAACCAUAUUUACAGGCACAUGUGACAGCGCUGCAGCUAUGAGUGGAAUUUUAAAGGGGAAGUUUGAAGAAAUUGACGGCUCCUCUCCCUACUCGUCUGUACAGGAAUCAGAUGAUGAUGUUUUUAGCUGUGACAGUGUUGAUCGUGUUGAUAGUGUCAAUCCGUCCAUGUCUAAUCAUUUUACCCGAAAAAAUAAGGAGAUAUCAACAGACUGAAAGAAUGUUUCCAGAGGCAUAGAGUCUUCCGGGAAACACUGGAGUUCAUGAGAUCUGAAGGUACAUGUGACAGCGCUGCAGCUAUGAGUGGAAUUUUAAAGAGGAAGUUUGAAGAAGUUGACGGCUCCUCUCCCUGCUCCUCUGUGCGAGAGUCAGAUGAUGAAGUUUCCAGCAGUGAAAGUGCUGACAGUGGGGACAGUGUCAAUCCGUCCACGUCUAAUCAUUUCACCCCUUCCUCCAUUCUCAAAAGGGAGAAGCGGCUGAGAACCAAGAAUGUGCAUUUUAGUUGUGUCACCGUGUACUACUUCACCCGGAGGCAAGGCUUCACAAGUGUGCCCAGCCAAGGGGGCAGCACCCUGGGGAUGUCUAGCCGCCACAACAGCGUGCGCCAGUACACCCUUGGCGAGUUUGCCAGGGAGCAGGAGAGGCUGCAUCGGGAGAUGCUGAGGGAGCACCUCAGGGAGGAGAAGCUGAACUCUUUAAAACUAAAGAUGACUAAGAAUGGCACGGUAGAAUCUGAGGAAGCUAGCACUCUUACAGUGGAUGACAUUUCCGAUGAUGAUAUUGAUUUGGACAACACAGAAGUAGACGAGUACUUCUUUCUACAACCCCUACCAACAAAAAAACGAAGAGCCCUGCUGCGAGCCUCUGGGGUGAAGAAGAUUGAUGUGGAAGAAAAGCAUGAGCUGCGAGCCAUCCGCCUGUCACGGGAGGACUGUGGCUGUGACUGCAGAGUGUUCUGUGAUCCAGAAACAUGUACCUGCAGCCUGGCAGGCAUUAAGUGUCAGGUGGAUCGUAUGUCUUUCCCGUGUGGCUGCACUAAAGAAGGUUGUAGUAACACAGCAGGUAGAAUUGAAUUUAAUCCUAUCCGUGUCCGGACUCACUUUUUGCACACAAUAAUGAAACUUGAACUCGAGAAAAACCGAGAGCAGCAAAUCCCCACUCUGAACGGCUGCCACGGUGAGAUAAGUGCUCACAGUAGUUCCAUGGGCCCUGUUGCUCACUCCGUAGAAUAUUCUAUCGCAGAAAAUUUUGAGAUUGAAACUGAACCUCAGGCUGCGGUGCUGCACCUGCAGUCUGCGGAGGAAUUAGAUUGCCAAGCGGAGGAGGAUGAAGAGGAGGAGGAUGGGAGCAGCUUUUGCAGUGGGGUCACCGAUUCCAGCACACAAAGCCUGGCACCAAGCGAGUCAGAUGAGGAGGAGGAGGAAGAGGAGGAGGAGGAGGACGACGACGAUGAUGAUAAAGGAGACAGCUUCGUGGAAGGUCUGGGCACUCACGCUGAAGUUGUCCCUCUUCCUUCAGUCCUUUGUUAUUCCGAUGGCACUGCUGUUCACGAAAGCCACGCCAAAAAUGCUUCUUUUUAUGCCAACUCUUCAACUCUGUAUUACCAAAUAGAUAGCCACAUUCCAGGAACUGCUAGCCAGAUCUCUGAGAACUAUUCGGAACGAGAUACUGUCAAAAACGGUACCCUUUCGCUGGUGCCUUACACCAUGACCCCAGAGCAAUUUGUUGACUAUGCCCGACAAGCGGAAGAGGCCUACGGUGCCUCCCACUACCCAGCUGCCAACCCCUCUGUAAUCGUUUGCUGCUCCUCUUCCGAAAAUGAUAGCGGGGUGCCCUGCAAUAGCUUAUAUCCCGAACACAGGUCCAAUCAUCCUCAAGUGGAAUUUCACUCAUACUUGAAAGGCCCUUCCCAGGAAGGGUUUGUCCCCACAUUGAAUGGUGACAGUCACCUUUCAGAGCAUCCUGCUGAAAAUUCUUUGAGCCUUGCAGAAAAGAGCAGAUUGCACGAAGAGUGUAUCAAAUCUCCCGUGGUUGAGACUGUCCCUGUUUAGUAGAGCUUAAAUUAUUCUAUUCCAGGACCAACUCUUCUCCUAUUUAAGGAACUGUAUUUAAUUGGAUUUCCUGGGCUCAUCCUUGUUUAAACUGAAGACCAAGAAAACUUGGACUGUGAUUAAUCUUCCAGACUGUAUUUUGUUUUCUCCUUUCUAGCUACACGACUGUGGCAUUGCACAAAUACAGUCACUAUGGGAUUUUAAAAGAUUUCAGACUGUUUUGAUAGAAAAUGCUAAAUUUUAAAAAUGCAUAUCUCACAGUUGCCUACCUGUCAAACUGUGUGAAACCUGCCAAGCUGUGCAGAACAGAGCUCCAAGUUUUGGAUUAUCGGGCCUGUGCAAGAUUGUUAACUAAGACUGGAAAAUAAUAAGAUUUAGAGUCCUAAUUUUCGAUAUAUCUGAAGAUGAUGGUGACUUUUUAAUGUUAAAAGUAAUUAUUGUAAGAAAAAGAUUUGUUUCCUGUGUAUUUUAUUUAUGGUAGUUCAGAAGUCAUGUUUUGAUGAAAAGGAACAGCAGCAUGUUCAUUCAAGCUGAAGAUGCAUAGCUAGCACCACAGAGCAUGCCCACGUGGAUUGCAUCUGGAAUCCACUCACGUUUUUAUGAUCCUGACUCAUCAGAUUUGCAGAUACUUUCUUAAGGGUGAAAUAGGCCUAUUUUUGCUAUUUUGGACAAAUAAAUGAGUCUAUAUGUGCAGGUCCUUACACAGUUUAAAGUUCAGAGUUAGGACAAUCCUCUGGUGAGGGUCCAGUUCACUACCCUCCCUCAGCUGACUCCCAAGACGGAGGUAGAAGGAAUUGCCUUUCUUUUCUAAACAGCAUCAUCUUGUUUCUUAGCUUGGACAGCACCUUUAAACUCCACCAUCCCCUACAUCAAAAUGCACUUUAGUGCCCCUUCACGGUCCCUCGUGUGGGGUGGGGACUGAGAACUCUUUGAAAAGAAAAAAAAAUUAAUUAAAAAUAAAACAAAGAUCUGUAAGUAUUCAAAGGUUCAUAAAGUUAAUGUAGAGGAAUCAUCCAAUGAUACUUAUGAAGGAAAAUGGCUUAUUUUCCUUCACCACUCUGAGGACCUAACUUGGUAAAUGCAGUGGAGGCUGAGGAAAGGUGGAAGAGACAGCCUCAGCUACCAGCCUUUUCUACAGUGUGAUCCAUCCAUCUCUACACAAUAAGUGUACAAUGGGACUUCCACUUAGCGACUAGCUGAUUGAAGGGGGGCCUCUACCCAAAUACUCAACUAGGCCUUACUUUUCUGAAGCAUUUUGAUUUGACUUGCCUGGGACACUUAGCAAAACAGUCCAGAAUGCAUUGCCUACUCUCUGAUUACCUCAUAUUCUCUUAUUCAAGGGAAUAGAUAGAAAUAAGACAUGCACUCCCCACCUGCAGAUUAUCUGCACUUGGUUCAUCGGAGGACUUCUAGGAAACCCUUUUCCUGUAAAUCAAUUUAGGUAACUAAAUAGCGUGUUCUGCUUUUUUUUUCCCCCCAAUGCAAUAUGAUUAUGCUAAACCUCUUUCAUAUUUUUGACCUUCUAUUGUUAUAUCAUUUCACAUGAUUUAUGACUAUUUGAAAUAUGGACAUGCCUUGUUAUCCAGUG